UUGGCAGUGGUUAUUUAGUAUGUAUUUACACCAGAUUACAUGCACACCAUUUUUGUUUGAAAAAAUAUUUUAUGCAAAUGAAACAAGUGGGGCGUGUCGUAACUGUCAACGUUAGCCAAUCCGCGACAAUGAAAUUUACAACGUUUUGCAGUAGAAUGUAUUUUGGAUAUAUGAAAAGAUAACUCGGUUAAAGGUACAAUUUGCGCGACACCGCGGUUGUGUUUAACACUUGUGGUACAUAUCGCACGCUGUACGAUAGUUUUUUUUCUGCACACUGUUUGUUAUUUAGACAGUCUGUUUUGUAACAGUGCGAUAACGGUUUUCACUAGUGAAUAAAACGGAGAGUGAUUUUUCUGUGCUCGCGUGUGCCGAUAGUAUCGAAUGUUAAUGAAGUUACAUAUAUGAAACUACUUCAAUUUCUGGUGGAUGUUAAAAUGUAAUUUCGUAAAUUUUCGUCAGAUAAUUACAUCAAAGAAAACAAGUGCGAGCAGAAAAAUAAUUAUGACCUUGAUAGUAAAAUAAAUAUUAGAAAUUGGACUGGGAUUUUAAAGAAAUUAGUUUAUUUUUAAUUACUAGUAUUCGUUUCUAUUCGCGUAUCAUUUUGGAUUUACUAUGGGUGUAUUUAACGUGAAAGUAUCGACGCUAUUUGUUUUGGGUGUUUUGGCGGUAGUCGAGUGCGGAUUAAACGUCUGCUCCCGGACUCCGAUCCACACAACAGCCAGCCGAACCCCCGGGGACAACGGUUUUAGCAUUCUCGUUAAGGGAUUGCCUAGCGACGGGCGUUACAUUCCCGGAGAGACGUACACCGUUGUGGUAAAGAACACUCACAAAGAAAAGACGGAUGGAUUGCUCGGGAUAAUGCUGAUAGCCACACCGGAAGAGAGUGUUAACGAGUCAGAGAGCGCAGGGAAGUUUGAGGUGCCCACUGACCACGUUAAGGAGGCGGAGAACUGCGGUCACGUGGUGGUCACACACCACUACCUGGACAAGAAGAACAAGAUUAAGGUCAACUGGACCGCGCCGGAUACCGGCUGCGUCAUCUUCCGAGCCACUGUCAUAUCCGAGGAGGCGAACCGCUGGUACAAGGAUGACGGGGGUCUUACGCUAAGAAUCUGUGACGAAGAACCGGAAGUGAUUAAGGCCCAAGGGGACGUGCCGGCUCUGCGGGACUCCCCGGAAUGCUGCGCAUGCGGAGAGGCGCGAUACAAGAUGGUGUUCCAGGGGCUGUGGUCGCGACAGACUCACCCUAAAGACUUCCCGUCCGGAAAAGACGCGUACCUGCUGCACUGGUCAAACAUUGUCGGCGCAACACACACGGACGACUUCUACAUCUGGGAGUACGGGGGGUUCGCGGAGAAGGGUGUCCGCGAGGUAUGCGAGUAUGGAUACUCUAGCGUCCUCGAGCAGAACAUGAAGGAAAACAGCGACAAGAUAUACACAGUUAUCAAGACCAGUCCGAUGUGGCGUGACGUCACGAAGACACGUGAGGCGGUGUUCAAAGUGAACCAAAAGGCUCAUCUGAUCUCCCUCAUCACUAUGGUGGGACCUAGCCCUGACUGGUGUAUAGGUAUACCGUCUCUGUCGGUGUGUCAGACCAACUGCACGUGGGCAGAUCAGAUGACUGUGGACCUGUACCCCUGGGAUGCCGGCACCGACGACGGCAUCAAGUAUAUAAACCCUCGAAAAAUUCCCUCCAACCCUCGUGAGCGCAUCCACCAGAUAACCAACCUGUACCCGAAGCACCCCGACUCUCCCUUCUACGGCCCCACCCCCGUGAAACCCAUGGCGACGGUGACCUUGACCAAGCUCCAGGAGAACUGCGCUGGUGAGGAUGGGUCGCAUAGCAGCGAGGACAUACCCAGCACCGAGGACCUCAUAGACGCGAUGAAGAAGAAGAUGAUGAUGACUAAGAAACUAGAGAUGAUGAAGUGUUCCACGACGGACUGGUCCGAAUGGACGGUCUGCAGCAACAGCUGCGGCUCCGGGAUUCGACGGCGCACCCGCGAGCUCGUCAACGAGAACAUCCUGCCGUCCAUGUGCAGCGUGGAUCUAGCGGAAGAAGAGGCGUGCCAGGGCGUCUGCGUAGAAAAUCAGCCGCAGAAAAAGGGCCGCGAGAAGCUGAAUAAGAAUUUUGAAGUCCGCCAUACGGACACAAUCGAUUUCGAGGAUCCUUGCGCGAUCACGCCGUGGUCUGAUUGGUCGCCUUGCAGCGCGAAGCUUUGUGGGCGGGGCGUCCGGGAACGAUGGCGCAUGUUUCUACGCAAGUCCGCGCAGAUGAUGAAUUGUGGAUACGAGAUCAUGGAGCAAGACGUCUGCUACGGCAUCGUCCAUGACUGCCGGAAAGCGUUCAUGAUGAAGAACUUCACUGCCAUCUGCUCCCUCCCGAUGAACGUCGGUCCCUGUCGGGGAAACUUCCAGCGCUGGUACUAUGACACCAACAUGCGAAAGUGCCAGCCCUUCCGGUAUGGCGGUUGCCGGGGAAACGACAACAAGUUCGAAACCGAGGCCGAGUGUCAAGAACAGUGCGCCAAAUAUAUGGAUAACCUCGAUGCAACGGUAAACUCGCACAACAGAGCCGAGCUCAUAGCAGCUUCUCAGGAUGAUUUAAUGCGUCUGCAGAAGCAGAAGAUGAUGGGUGCGAACGGAACCGGAACUCCUCUGCGUGAUGCAAACGUCUCCAUGAAAAAGAAACCAUCGAAGAAAGAGCGGCAGAUGGAGAAAGAGAAGCGGAGGGAACGUAAGCGUCUCAUGAAGGAAAAGAAUAGAAACAUGAAGAAUCGAAAGGAAAAUAUGGGCACAGGCGAUUUAAACGCCACAGACGGAAGUGGUCAGCAGGUGGACUGCAUGGUCACUCAGUGGACGGAGUGGGACCAGUGUACGGCCACAUGCGGUAAGCAGUACAUCACUCGGUCACGUAUGAUUAAGCAGCAACCGGAAAAUGGCGGAAAAAAGUGUCCGAAGAAACUCAGCCGCAGACGGAAGUGCAGAGGGCUGAAAAAGUGUCCACGAGACUGCAAGGUAAGCGGAUGGGGCGACUGGGGCGCCUGUUCUGCCACGUGUGGUCCGGAAGCGGUCAAGGAACGCUCCCGGAAGGUGAUCAUGAGUCCUAAAUUCGACGGCAUGGAUUGUCCGAGUCUAGUUGAACGGCAGUCGUGCCAACUCGCGCCAUGUUCGGACUCAAAGGUGAUGAAAGCGUUCAUGGAAAAAAUGCAGAGACAUCCUUCAUCAUAGACCGCAAAACACAACGUAUUUAGCCAUUCUUGUUAGCUUUAACUUGACAACAUUAUCAGACAAGUCUUGUGUUCAAUGUGUACUUGCUUAAAGCAGGUUGCUCUGAGGGAUGUGUAAAAUAGACAUAGAACUCUGCGGAGAAAGUGCUAUGCCGUUCGCCUUUACUUUUCAGGGAUUCCUUGAUUUCGUAACCGAAGUGCGAACUUUCAAAUGUUAAACUUUGACACAAAUAACUAUGAAAACGUUGAUCAUUAUUAAUGCAAGAGAAUUUGGCUCAGGCACUAGUGGUGAUGACAUUAAUGACGACAGCGAUGGAAACAUGCAAAAUAUUUAGACGACAACGUUAGAGUCAGUCGUUAACGAGGGUCAUGUCACGUGACUGAUAAUGAAGUCGUCAUUUCCGCUCUUUCAAGUGAAUUGAGUUGUGCCUUUCUAUUGACAUGGAUUAUUACGAGGAGGUACCGUAUAUUUUAGGUCGUUGUCCUUACAAGAAGUUUCGGGUUUAUGUAUAGCAGUGUUAUAUGAUAUUUAUUGUUAUUUGUUGUUAUUUUUACAUAUCUUAUGCGUUUCGUUUUAGCGCCAGUGAUUGUUUUUCGUUUCAUGUUUUCAUAUAUUUCAUAAUAUAUUGCAUGCAAAUACAUGUAAAUAAAUUGAAGUUGGCCAAAUGUAAAACUAGCUCGCUAUCUUUAAUUUUGUUCAACAUUUACUACUGAGCAAUUUAAUACCUGUAUGACUCGAUUGUUAUAAACUAAUUAAGAGAUAAGACACAGUUCUGUUCAAAUUCCAGAGUGAAACAUGAUAAUAUUUUCAAAUAAUCACGACAAAAUCGAUUGUCAUAUUCCAUUUCGCUUAUUGGCUAAACGAAGUUGUUUUCUUGUAAAUACUGUAAAACUUGUCAUUGUUGUGACUUGUUUCGCGUCAUGCGGAAAUGGGCCUUUUAAGUUUGAGAUAUCUCAGAUAUAUUAAUUAAAACAUCAUUGGUUGUUCUUUUUCGAAGUUUUGUUUUACAGUUUUCAAACGUGAUGUAGUUCUCGAUAAUUAUAUUCUUCUAGAUGCAUUUUCAUUUUACGGCGUGCCUUUGUAUGGAUAAUCCAGGUAGAAUUAAAUAAACAACAACACACGAUACGAUACUUUUUGUUGAAAUUAAUUAGUUUCUUUAGUCAUAUGUAAAUAUGAUUGACUCAUUCACAUGAUUUCAUUAAUAUAUCCUCAUACGGAUCGAGCGUUUUGCAUGGGUCUAACAUUUAAUACAGUAUAUGAAAGUGGUCAUGUAUUGGUUGAUACCAAUGUUUUUAUUUAGCAAAAUUUUAACCACAAAGACAAAGAAGACAAACUUAUCAGUUUCACAGUGGUUAAUGUUUUUCAUAUGUGCAUGGACCUUUCAAAGAUAUUGAAAAGUUGUCUAAGAAAGUCUGACAAUUAAACCACUAGGAAAACGUAUUUUCAGUUGCUAAGCAGGGAAAGAAUAAUGUUAAGCAUUGUUUUAUUACAUUCUAUAAUGGUGAAAAUAAAAGUAAUGAUGUCAAUAAAUUUCAUACACACAGCUAUCGAAACUUAUCCAAAAAAGUCAUCUUCAUGGAUUGAAUAUAUUGACCAAAACCUCUGUGCACAACGUUUGUUGUCAAAUUGACUAUGAAACCAUGCAACCGAUAAACUCCGAAAAAAGGACUUACACAAACACCUUUAUACGAAAACUUACUUUUACUAUAAAACAUUAUACUUUUAUAUACUGUGUUACAAACAUUCUACUUGGCCUAGAUGUCUUGGAAUCCUGUUAAAUUAAACCAAUCGGAUGGGACCUCUAACUUAUUUUACUAGACUCGCAUAAGAUCACCCUAGUCGUUAUGUCAAUUGCAUGUAUGUAAUGUGAAAAAGUAUGUAUCAUUUGUUUGUUAAAAAUAUAUAUUUUUUUUUUACUUUUAAAAAGAAUUAAGAAGGUAUGGCUAUUGGUAUUUUGGUAAAUAGAACACUUACUUUAAUGUUUUUUCGCGUAUAUGUACUUCCAACUUACAUAUACAUUUACCUUAAAUAAUUUUAUAAACUUCAAAGCCAAAUCUCCUUAACACGGAUGUGUACGUAUUAUAUAGUAUUUUGAUUUAAGAAAAUAACCAGGAAAUGAGGCACUCAUAAAACAAUGAUUUCAACUGUAUGGAUUUCCUUAUAUAUAAUACUUAUUUGGUUAGUUUGUUUAUUACCACGACAUUAACAUGUUCAAGUAAGCUUUGCAUGUUAAACGUAACUAAAAUUUACUAAGAGACUGACACAGUUUUGUUAGUAAGUAUCACGUUAUGUAGGCAUUCAAUCGACUCUCGUGUCUAUAUGCAGUUUUGGAUUGACAUGCUAUGUAAAUAUUGUUUUGCUAAAAUUAAUAACGUGUAGUUGACUGUAAAAUGUGAUAUGCCAUUUACAAAAUAAACUCUGUAACAUUUAA